UGCUCCAGGCCCGCGGAUCUCACGCCAUGCGGGCGGUCGGAGGUGGAGGUGGUGCUGGCGGUGCCGGAGACUACUCCGGCUUCCCUGAUGACGCGGCCAAAGGUCAGGCGGACCAAGUGAUAGAACUCGUCCAGCUCCGCGCCAGGCUCUACGUCAUGGCCGACAAGGUGCCCGUGUCUGAGGGGGCAGAGCUUCGUUCAAUUAUGGCUGAAAUCGGUUCGAUAGACUUAUCGGCGCCCAUUUACCAUUGGGUGGUGCCCCGCAUCAAGGAAAGACUCCACCGCAUCAUGGGGAAUCAGAUAUAUAAAGCAGUGAUGGAGUGGGGUGAGGAAUCCACAAAACUGAGUCUGCAGCAGACGAUCCUUCUUAACUGUGGUUCCACCAUCACCAGCUUGAGUAAGAUGGUUAUGGCACAGACCCACUUCUCCAUAAUGCAUUCAUAUUCAAGUAAAUCGGCUCUGCCCUUUGACCAUCCGGUUCAUGAUCCUGCUCCCAGGUUUAUCAAGACACUUGCAGACAUUGCUGAACGGCUCUAUGUGAACAUGGACUUCUUGUGCUUCACUGUUCAGCUCCCUGUUACCUUGCAGCAGAUGGCGACCAACAAUUCCAAGGGACUACUUCAGGCGUUCGAGGCUGCGAGCGACUUCAAUCAGGUGAUAAACCCGGCUGUCAGUAAGGACAUGGACACGCUGAAGGAACUCCAGAUGUACCACCGCAUGCUGCAGGCGGAGGAUUACAAAGCACUUGACUACGUGGUCGGACCACUGCAGGGGCAUGUCUGGGCCGUGGCCAAAGCACUCUACAAUCUCAACGAUGAGCUGAAGCCGCUUCGCCUACAUGCUUAAGCGCUCGCCGCUGCGCACUUUAUAAUUUGAUUCCGUUGGUCUAUCGAGUAUUGGAUUUUGAUUUUUAAUUGCUACGUUAACCGUGGAUUUUGCAUGGAACGUUUGCCUAUUGCUCAAAAUCUGGAUGAACGUUUGUC